AUGUCCUUUGUAGGAGAUACAAAAGAUACUAAUGAAGCAACAAAAAUCUACGACCCACUCGAUCCAACUGUUCUUCGCCUUCUCGACCCCGAAUUUGUAGAGUACUAUAACUCUGUCCUGGGAACGAAAAUCGCGACCCAUCACAUACCGCUCUCUGAAGUCCGCGCAAACCCAGAGAAAUGGUCAGGCUCGUGGUGUAAAGACUACACGGGCAGUCCAGGCGUCAAAAACUUCACCAUUCCUUCGGACGAUGGAUAUCAAGUGAAAUGCCGGAGUUACAAUCCAGAUCCAGCUCGGCAUGGAGAGGGGCCCUUUCCAGUCCAUAUCAACUUUCACGGCGGCGGGUUCGUUUUCGGCGAUCUAACGGCAGAUGCAGAGUUCUGCAUGAUGCUAAAGGACCGUCUUGGUAUCAUAGUAAUAGACGUAGACUAUCGUCUUUGUCCAGAGCAUCGUUUUGGCAAGAACAUAGGGGACAGCUGGGCUGCAUUGAAAUGGGUUCACGAGCAUGCAUCUGAAACGAACGGUCUCCCAGACUCAAUAUCGAUUGGCGGCAUCUCCGCCGGUGGUCAAAUAGCCUGUGUACUUCAACAUAUGGCCCGCGAUGCGAGAGUCCCACUGAAAUUCGCUAUCCUCAGCGUCCCAACAACCGACUUCCAUACCUAUUUCCCCACGCCAGACCAUCACGCGCCUUUUCACCCUCUACCAUCCGUCGCCCGAUUCGCAAAGGCUCCCAGUCUCCCAGCGUCCCGUCUCGCGUUUUUUAAGAGCCAUGUUUUCCCCGAUGAGCACCGCGACUUUAUUGAGAAGGAGGUUCCGUUGAUGUGGCGCGCGCCUCUCCAUGCACCUAACUUUAAAGAGCUUUGUGACGCGUUCGUUAUCACCGCAGAGUGCGAUCCGCUGGUUGAUGAGGGCGAGGCGUAUGGGCGGAAGAUGGUAGAAGCGGGUGGAAUGGUCAUAUUCAAGAGGUAUCUAGGCGUUCCGCACCCGUUCAUGCAUAUGACAAAGGCGUUAGCGAAGGCGAGGCAGUACGAGAACGAUGUUUGUGCCGCUUUGAAGAUGGCGCAUGGGCUGUGA